AUGGACCGCUUCAUCACCUCGAGGACUCCAACUCUGCAGCACGAGUCCGUGCAAAACAUCGAGCUGGCGCAGGCACUGGGUAUCUCUUUAUCAAACCAUUCGAGCCCGACAGCGCGUCCACGCUCUCCACCAAAGGCUUCCUCGCUUGCGCCCCCUGAUUCGCCCCGUACACCAACCCGCGCAUCCUUGGCACCCAGAAGACGACUAGCAUUACUUCGAGAUUCGCCCGCGCUCUUUGCUGAUUCUCCCUCGCGUGCACCGCCAAACUCACCUCUUCAACCUAGCAGGCGUGUCCAUUCAUUGUUUCGAGUAGACGCGUAUGGGCUGCGAGAUGAUUUUUAUUCAACCCUAUUGGCGUAUGACCCCGUUAACGAUAUCUAUGCCAUGGGGAUAGAUAACUCCGUUAGAUUGUGGAGCGCUCAGUUUGGGCAGGAACCUGUUAUGCUUCCGCACUCAUAUGGUGCUGUGCUUUGCUUGGCGAUCUCGUCUACAGGAAUCCUUGCUGUGGCCUAUGCGAACGGUAUGGUCUGUAUAUACAACGCAAUGUUACAUUUGUUUAUUGGGCGUCACACAGUUUGUAGCCCCAUGACUUGUUUGGCAUGGCCAGCUACCGGCAGUGAUGUUCUAUAUCUCGGGAGCACCAAAGGUCACCUAGUUAUGUUCAAGCUCAAGAAUGUCAAUGGACACCUCACAUUCAAAUCGGUACUAAUGGGCUUCAAACAUCGCGCUCAAAUCUGCAGUAUUACCCUCAACCCCACCGGAACGUAUCUAUCAGUUGGAGCCAACGACGGUUUGACAUCGGCCUGGGAAGUUUUGCCAGAUCAAACUGUAAAAUUUUUGUACUGGGCACCUCAUAAAACGGCGGUUCGAGCCAUAGCAUUCUGCCCCUGGGCGCCUUAUCUUGUCGCAACAGGAGGUGGACGCCAAGACCAGCGCGUGCGUAUAUGGGACAUUCGUGAUGGUAACUCAAUGCUGUAUGAUUUCAAAGUAGGUGGCCAGGUAACUGCACUUGUGUGGCUGGCAAAAUGGGAACUAUUUGUUGGGCUCGGUCAUGGCCAAGUUCCAAGAAGCAGACUGAUAGGUGCUGUUUUUUCUUUGCCUAGCUGUCAGUUGGUUGAAGAGAUUCAGGGUUGUAACUCGCGGACGUUGAUAGCUGUACCUGCUCUCCCUCACGGUGUUUGCUGUGCAUUAAGUGGAAGAAAGCUCAUGAUGUUCCAAUGGAAGCCAGACGAAAACCCCUGCGGUGUGUCCAACAUUAUUGCAGCACCUACAAACGAUCCAGUCAUCAGAUAA